AUGAGACUAUCUGGCCGCUUCCACCUCUGGCCCCCCCCUUAUCCCCGAGUAUGUGGGACUGACACCGAUGUGUAGAUAUCGAGAUGACAUUCCUAAUCAGCCGGCUCAUAAAUUUUGCUUAUAAAUCUCUCACUAUUGACCUGCUUAUCAAAUCUAGACCUUAUACUACCUAAUGAACCGUUUUAAAGCCUGAUAACCCCUUUUCUGAAAUAUUAUAAACCCUUCUCUAAAACAAUAUAAACCUUUUUGCCAGACUCGAGCUUGUUAUCAUAACCUCACGACCCUCACGUGUGACCGACCGGUCAGCCGGGCCCUGUUUGUGGCCCAUCUUCCGCCACUUAGUCAUCUUCGGACAUUAUAAGCCCCCUCGAGUAAUCUCCACUGAAAAACUGACCCAGUUUGAUUUCCUAUAUUGCUAAUGCUCGCUUAUUUUGUUGUGCAGACAAACAGUUACUUUCCCGGAGAUUAGGGUUUUCAAAAUUCGGAAGUCAUUGAACGGACGUUAUGCCUCCAGGGCCUCGCGUUUAAUUACUUUUUCUUAUUUUGAUAUCGAAAAAAUAGGGUUGAGACACUACUGUUUUGAGCCUGCUUUUGGUCGAUUUUGAAAUUUCAAACUUGGUUUGUUUUGGGCCUUGAAAAGAUUAAAAUUGUUUUUUUGAUCUUUUUUAAAUUGAAACUAAUUUUUGGAUUUUUUAAUAUUUUAAAGUAAAUCAUUAUAGCUGUAAUCUUGUAAUUGUUAUAAAAAUUAUUCUUUUUAUUUUUUUUUCAUUUUGCGUAGUAUCUUAUUCUUGGUUUGAUUUACCUUCUCUAUAUUGAUAGCUUUUGAACCAAUAGAUCCUUUAUAUACGUUAUGCUUGAACUUUAAUUACUGUUUUAACUCCAACCAUAACAUACUCAACAUUAUAAUAGUAAUGGCGGUCGUGUUUGUCGAAGCUUAGUUAUGUUAAUGUGAUGGAGAUGAUGUGAGAUUGAUUUAUAGGAGAAGUGCCGCCUUUGUGUGUUGUUGAUCAACAACAGUCCGGAGAUUAAUUGGUCUAACUCUUUUAUGAGAUUGGCGAACGACAGGAGCAGCUUGCACGCUACCGACUCCGGCUUCUUUGUCGCGGCUUCACGGUCGGUGCACGUUUGUGGGCGGCCGAGUUCAGGACGAGUGAGGCGGCCGGCUGCCGCUCGACGAACGCGGCGGCCGGGCCAGCUAGUUCAGCGCAGGCCAAUUGCGUCUGCCAAACCAGGCCAGUCAGGCAUUGCCGAGAGGAUCGUGAAGCUGACGUAUCUGAUCAGCGCUCCGACGGCUUCAGAAACCCUUAUGAAGCCAUCAUGCGGACGCCGAAAAGCGUCCGUUUCGAGGCCCUGAAUCCAGAAUCCCGGAUUCAGAAUUAUGCAAAUCCAGAGCCAAUUCAGAAUCAGACGCCGCCACGGUAUCCACACAACAAUCUUCACAACAGCUUAGACAGUGUAGACACAGAUAGACAUGUUGAUGUAGAUGGAUGUGUAGAUAUUGAUGGGAUAUCUUGUGGGUCUCCUACAUGUACAUCAUCAUGCUCAACUCUAUGUACAUUUAUAUCUUCUUCCUCAAGUAAUACAUGUAGGACACCAGUCAACUUGAAUUGUAAAAUAGAAUCAUCAAAAACAACAUCAUCAACAGUCAUACCUAAACCAUCAUUGCCCUCUACAUUGUCAUCAUCACCUUCAUUGUCAGCUGUAACCCGUGGUCUGACUAGCUGGUUCAGCUACUCUCUGUACCAUUUCUUUUUGGUUAUGUGCAUCUUCACUUCAGUCCAGGCACAGUCCAGUAAGGACUCGAGUCGACUAUACGAAACGCUACUGUCCGACUACAACAAAUUGGUACGACCAGUGUAUAACAACACCGACACUCUGGUGGUCUACUUCAAACUGAAGCUGUCUCAGCUUCUUGAUGUGGUAAGUUUUGGCAGUUUUUGAAAUAUUUUUAUUUGUAAAGAAAGUUUUUGCCAUUUUUGGCUAAUUUUAAAUUUUAGUUAUAAAAGGUUGUCACUUUAGGCUAUUAAAGCCUAUUUCUUCACUUGUAAAGAAAGUUUCUGCCGUUUUUUGUAAAAUUUCACAAACCAGGAAUUGGUCGAUAAUUUUUAAAUUUGAAAUUCCCUAAACUGACACAAUUUCCUGUUGUUUUCAGCACGAAAAGAAUCAAAUCAUGACGACGAACGUGUGGCUUCAUCAUGUAAGUGUCGCAAUGUUUGAGAUACGAUUACCGAGAAACAACACCGUGUAAACUAAGUUAUUGUCAAAGUUCUCGGAAUCUAGUCUGUGUUUUGAGCGAAAAUUUCAUUUAUUAGGUUGUAUAAAAAGUAAUGAGCUAUGUCUCUCACAGCAAUAGAGAGUUAAUUAGCUCAUUAAUUUUUAUACAAUUUAAUAUGCUAAUCAACCGUUAAAUUCUCUUUUUAUUGUUUUGUUUAUAUUGAUUUUGGGUAUUAUUGUACAUUUUCAGACCUGGCGGGACCAAAAGUUAACAUGGGACCCAGAUGAAUAUGGCGGAGUGAAACAACUUUACGUACCGGUCGAUUUGAUCUGGCUACCUGAUAUUGUGUUAUAUAACAAGUAAGCUAUCUUUAACUUUCUGUUGUUAAGUUAAGUCGUUCAAAUAAUUCUGUGCCCCUAACCCCGAAAAUUCAUAUUGUGAGGUUUUUUAGUUCAAAGUGUUGAUUACUAAUCAAAAAUUAAGAAAAUUAGGGUUUUAAAGUAUUUUUUGAUAAAGAAUCAUUACUACAAACACUAUUUUCUAGCGCUGACGGCAACUACCAAGUGUCAAUUAUGCACAAAGCCAAACUGAACUACGACGGCACUGUAGAAUGGUCCCCACCAGCCAUUUACAAAAGGUAUGUUUGAUUAAAAAGCUGUAUCUUGAUUAAAAAACAAUGUUCCUUAUCACAAAAAAUAUUACCUUCCUUAAGAUAUUGAAUAACAUGCUUUUUAACGUCCCUUUUCUGUCUUGUAGUAUGUGCCAGAUCGAUGUGGAGUGGUUUCCUUUGGAUGUACAGACCUGUGAAAUGAAGUUUGGAUCCUGGACAUACGGCGGCUUCGAAGUGGAUCUGAAGCAUAAAGACGAACAUCUACAACGGGAGGAACAGAUACGUGUCCAAGGCAUUGAUGGUGAAUAUAACGAGACGGUGUGGGUCGUGGAUCAAGGUGAGCUUAUAAUGAGACUUUGGAGAGUUUGUAAUAUCUGUUAGGCAUUUUUUCAAUUUUAAAAAUGAAGUCAGACUCCUUACCCUAAUGAAAAUUUCCUUAACCUACUACAAUAUCAUCUGAUCUUAUAGGUAUCGACCUCAGCGACUACUACCCCAGCGUGGAGUGGGACAUCCUGUCAGUGCCGGCCAAACGUCAUGAGAAGCGGUAUCCAUGUUGUGAAUCUCCCUUCAUCGACCUCACCUACGAGAUCCACCUCAGACGGAAGACCUUGUUCUACACCGUGAACCUCAUGAUUCCGUGUGUAGGCAUCAGUGCUCUGACCGCCCUCGUCUUCUACCUGCCUUCUGACGGUGGGGAGAAGAUCUCACUCUGUAUCAGUGUCCUCAUCUCUUUGACCGUGUUCUUCUUGUUGUUGGGUGAGUCAUAAUAAAUUAUACAGUACAUAUAAUAGAUUAUUGUAUUGUAGUAUACUGUAUAGUAUAUUUAUUAUGGUACUUUGUUAUGGUAUAACAAAUUUUAUUUUGUAUUAGUAAUGGUAUUUACCCUUAAACCAUGUUUUCAGUCGAAAUCAUCCCAUCGACCAGUCUUGUGAUCCCACUCAUCGGCAAAUACCUACUCUUUACCAUGGUAUUGGUAACGUUGAGUGUUAUUGUAACUGUGAUAACUUUGGUAAGUGUCUUAUGGGAACAGUGAUGCAUUUGAAUUUCAGGUAAAGCCAAUUUUUAUACUAAAGGUUGUGCAAAUAAUUGCGAGCCUAUCUCAAUGCAAAUUUUCGGGGUUAAGGGGCGCAGAAUUUUUUGAACAAACCAAUAAUACCUGAUGUUACAGUAAAAUCAAAUACAGAAUACUUCUAAAAUACUCCUAUCUUUAAUAUUUCUCAUAAGACACCAAUUUCUCUUUCCAGAACGUUCACUACCGUCAGCCGUCUACACACAAAAUGGGUCGUUUUGUACGAUGGCUCUUCAUCGAGACACUACCUUAUUACCUAUUCAUGCGGAGACCCGCCCAGAUCUACGAAAACACAUCACCGCCUCAGGAAUUCUCUCCCAUAGCUGUAGGUUUAAAUCAAUGUUAUUUCUUAUUUACAUUUGAAAUUUAAACAAAAAACAAGGGCGCGACUUGAGAAAGCUUUUCGCGGUUCGCAGAAAAUUUUUUGAUUACAGUAAAUUGUAGGAGUAUAGAAUAUAUUAGAAAUACAUUUAGAAUACGUUAAAUAAUACUUACGAACUGUAUUAUAUGUAGCAAAUUUAAAAAUCUAGCAAAAACUAAAUGAUAUCGCUAUAUUAUCUAUGACAACUAAAAUUAGACAUGAUUAGACUAAAAACGACGGUCUUCAGAUGCAACUAGUAACAGGAGGGAAUUCCUCUCGCAAAUCCACCAGACCCAGUCUCUACUCUCGACCAUCUAUUCUGCUUGAACAUGGAGACCAUCUUCAAGUUCAUCGACCUUCUGAUACCCACCCAGCUCUUAUCAGUCGAACUGGAAGUGUGCAGGAACAGAAAACUCCGAUGAAAUCAGCUGUGGAAUCUGUCAGUUUUAUCGCUGACCACUUCAGGAAGGAGGAGGAAGAUCAACAAGUAUGUUAUAAUUAUUUUACUUGAGGUUUGAGAAGAUCUGGCUAGUGUAAUAUAUGGUUUUGCCGUUUUUUGGUGUUAAGGGCCAAAUUUUACGGAUAUUUAGACAAGAUAUAAAGAAUAGAGGAGAGGACAGUGGAAAUGCUGUUUUGUCUGCAAAAAAUGGCAUUAUUUGAGCGAAAAAUUAUAUUAUCCAUCCCUAGGGAAGUGUAAUAUAAGUUUGUCAAUGGUUUCUCACACUAUUUGAGAAUAGCUUUUAAUAAAUAAGGUGUAUAACAACACCGUAAAUCUGUAAAAACCAUAAAGAUAACAAUUACCCGUGCUCUUUUACAAAACUCAUCCAAAAUUAUAUUAUCCAUGCGAUUUACAGGUGAUCGAGGACUGGAAGUACGUGUCGGUGGUGAUGGACCGCAUCUUCCUGAUCCUGUUCACGUUCGGCUGUCUCAUCGGAACGGUGCAUAUCAUUUUCAGGGCGCCCACAAUUUGGUCGGAUCAGCAAGCGAUUGCCUGA